UUAAAAUCCCAUGUGAAGGACAAAUCUGUCAUUUCAAGAACCGUGUGAAGGACAAAUCUGUCAUUUCACGAACGCUUAUAAAUUCCCGCGGAACUCCAACACUUCAACUUUACCUGCCCAGAUUUACUCGCAUCACCGGAGAAACGGAAAUCGGAAUUUUUUUGUGUGUGGAAACAUUCGAUCUGAGAGUUUCAGAUGGAAUUUCCGAGGCGGAGUUUCAAAAUUGAAAUCAAUUCACUGUUGGAUUCGAUCUGAGAUUUCGAUUAUUUUCCCUUCUUUUGUUUGUGUGCGUUUGUGUUUUUCAUCUUUUUAGUGAUGGGAUUCUGCUUCUCUCCGUCGAUAACUCCGGCGAGAUUGUUGUGGACGACGAGCUUCUUCCGCCACAAACUCAUGAUUUUCUAAUCGGUAAAAUCUAUUUCAGUGUCAAGUGUUUCGAAUUCAGUUCUUCUUUCUACGUCCUCGCCGUCACGAGAAGUGAAAUCGGCCGCGUUGCGACGACUAGAGGCGGAGAAAUGGAUUCAGGCUGGCUUUCCGUUGAUCGAUCAGGAUCUCGUGUAAAUUUGCAUUCCCCUGAGAAUCUCAGUCUGAUUCUUCCAGGAUAUUCGACGGUCAUGGACAUGGAUGAAUCUUCAAAGAGAGGUUUCUCCACAAUCUCAGGACAUUCAUUCAAUCGGAAAUACUGCGAUCAUAGCGCGUACGAGAGAAAGCAUCGCUUGACUGCUGAACAGGUGAAUUUGCUGGAGAAGAACUUCCAAGAAGAGAACAAACUAGAGCCGCUGAGGAAGAGUCAGCUGGCGAAGAAUCUGGGUUUGCCGCCUCGUCAAGUGGCUGUCUGGUUCCAAAAUCGAAGAGCUCGUUCGAAGGUAAAGCAGAUCGAAAAACAGUACGAUCUUCUCAAAUCUUUAUACGAUUCCCUCCGGGAAAAGCAUGAGUUGGUUCUCGAGGCGAACGAGAAGCUUAAAGCCGAGGUCCUGACCUUGACAGAGAAGCUUCAAGCCAGUGGAAUCGAUUCACAGCCCACGAAUAACCAAAAUGCGAGAAGUUUUCCUAACGACCCUGAAGAGAAACCCGACGAGACCAUGAGCUCUAGUGCGGCUCUAAACCCAGCCGCUGACGAUGAGGAUAACUUCUCAGACGUAUUUAUGGCGGCAGAACAACAAACGAACGAUGAACCCUUCGACUGGUGGGUUUGGCAGUCGAUUUCACAGCCACUCUGGAUUUAGACUAUUUAUCCAGAUGUUUGGACUGACUGACUCCACUCAUUCGAUUUUGCACUAAUUACGCUUUAAUCGUCGGUGCUGGAUACGUGACAAUGUUGGGAGAGAAAGCGAAGUAUACGGAGAAAAAGUUGGGAAAAGAGAGAAGCAGAUGACUCUAAAGUGAAGGAAAGCAGAGGGGCAUUAAUAAAGCAAAAGCCUUUGCCUUUUGAUCUUCUAUUAACUAUGCAAUUGAAGUUCAGUUCUUACUGUUUGCCCAAAAUGAAAACCAUAAGAAAAAUAUAAGCUUUUGACAAUAUGUUUACAACUGAUGAUUGUAAUCUCAAAAAUAUGCUCAGAGAACCUUAACAUUGAUUUGUUUCAAUGGGGUUUUUUUGUUCUUCUGAUGCACAAUGAUAGCAAAAAAGGAACUACCUUUAGCUGUUGUUCUU